AUGGACCAGUACUGGUCUGAGGGGCCUAUUAGGAACUGGGCCGUGCAGCAGACGUUCCGCAUCCGGAACCUCCUUCCCAGAUACUCGAGACAGAAGCACGGAGGAAGACCAGUCAACCUCUACGAGGACCAUUACUCCCCCGCUCUGUUUCCAGAGGUCACCCUCCCCGGCCCCUGGAAAGCCAUGGAGGUCAUGUUCACUGACUGCAGGGACCAGAUGGCGGGUGGGGUGGCCAGUGAGAUUGUGCAGAUGGCACUGAGCAAAUCCAGCCGCACUUUUGAGAAAACAAGUCAGAGGCGGGCCAUGCCGAUAGGGGCCCUGUGGACAUCUCUGACUGUGACGGACAGCACACCCAGGGAGACCUCCAAGGGCAAUUAUGAGAUCGACCAGACCCUAGGAAACUCUGAAGAGGUGCAGAGACAUGGGCUGCCAGCAAGUUUAACCCAAGACUCAGUCUCUAAGGAAACCGACUGCAAUGAUGAAGAAGCAUUUAAGGCUGUGGAUACUGUUCUGAAGAAAUACAACCGUCAAAACAGAAGUGGCGACCAGUGUGUAUUGCACCGCAUAACCAGGGGCACGAAGGUGCUUAAUCCCGACACACUUUAUACCAUGAAGUACCAAAUCAAGGAGGGCGACUGUCCUGUUCCAAGUGGCAAAACCUGGCAGGACUGUGACUACAAGAACCCUACAGAAGCUGCUACAGGAGAGUGUACAGCGACCGUGGGGAUGAGGGGGAAUAAAAAGUUCUCCGUGGCUACCCAGACCUGCCACAUUACUCCAGCCGAGGGCCCUGUGGUGACAGCCCAGUAUGACUGCCUGGGCUGUGUACAUCCCAUAUCAACAGACAGCCCCGACUUGGAGCCCAUCCUGAGACACAGCAUUCAACGUUUCAAUAACAACUCUAAUAAUUCCCACCUCUUUGUUCUUAGUGAAGUCAAACGGGCCCAAAGACAGGUGGCAGCUGGAUGGAACUUUGAAGUUACCUACUCAAUUGCGCAAACUAAUUGCUCCAAAGAGAAGUUU